UUAAUGAAACAAUAUUUGCUUAUGAUGACAAUUAAUUGGUGCUUGAGUCAAAUAAUUGUUAAUAAAGAGGAGAAAUGUAAAUGUUCAGAUCUUAUUUUUGAAAAUGAGUGUGAUGAUUAUGAGAUUUGUCAAUUCAUUGAUGGAAAGUGUUCAGAUAUACCUUGCAAGACUUAUUUGACUGUUGAUAAAUGUUUACAAAACCCUCAUUGUUCAUGGAAUAAUUAAUAAUGUAAGAACUUUUAAUCUUGUCUGUAUUUUAUUGUCACAACUUCUACAGAGUGCUAAUAAUUAAAUCAUAACUGUACUUUCAAUGAAACUACUAAAAUAUGUAAUGAAUAAUAACCUUGCUCAUCAUUUAAUUUUUCUGAUUGUCUUUUAAUGUCAAUCUCAUAAAAGAGAUUAUGUUACUGGCAAGAAGAUGAAUGCAAAGAGCUCUCAGACUGCAAAGAAGUAACAAAAUCUAAUUAUUUUUGUAAAAACUUUGAACCAAUCUGUAAAGGUUAUGAUGAAACAAUGAAAAAUUAUGAUCCAUGUGAAUAAGCAUAUACUUGUGAACAAUUAAAUCAAACUUAUUGUAGAUUUGCAUAUCCUAAAUUAAAUGGAGAUUAACUUGCUUUAUGUGAUCAAGGUGAAAAACUUGGAGAAUGUGUUGAUUGGAAUCCAUAAAUUUAUAAAUAAAAAGAUUGUUUUGUUAAAUCAUAAGGGUUUUAUCAUUGGACUGGAACUGAAUGUUAAAAAUGUGGUAUAAUGAAUUUAAACUUUAUUUUAACUUUGACAAUGAAUAUUGUUUUAUUAACCUUAUGA